GCAGCUAAUGAGCUUGGCAUUUCUUAGUGCUGCUUGAGGAAAGGACUUCUGAACUCACCGUGGUUGCUCAUUCCCCAUUCCUCUCUUUUUCCGACAACAAGAGUGUGUCAAGUGUGUCGUGUCCGCCAGGCUCCGUCAGCAAUGGACAUGGACACAGUACGGGAAUUCCUCCCUUCGGGGGAGAAGGGCUACCUCCCUUACUAUCUUUUCGUGGUCUCCGUGGUGUCCAUAGGCAACGCCUUGCAGAACUACGCCACGCUGCAUUACACUCGGCGCAUCUACAACGGGCGCUUCGUCCCAAAUCACUCGCUUCCGCCUGCCACCGAGCGCUACAACCCGGAAGACAGCACCAGCAUUGUCAAGCCCGCUUCUUCGGCCGGCAAGGAUUCUGAGAAGGCCAAGGACCAGGUGUCGCCCCUGGCCGCUCGUCUCUUUGGCACCUAUACAUUCGUAGCGGGCCUUAUCCGCUUCUACGCCUGCUACCAGCUCGAGAACCCCGCCAUGUAUCAGUUGGCCGUCUGGACAUAUGUCGUUGCCGCGGUGCACUUCACGACCGAGAUGCUGGCUUUCAAGACGGUCCGAUUCAGCGGGCCGCAGAUUUUCCCGUUCAUGGCGGCGUACGGGGGCACCAUUUGGAUGCUGCUGCAGUACAAGCACUACGUGCAAUAAGCGGACUAAGGAGAGAUCAUGGCGAAGCUUCCGCAUUGCAUUGCUGCCUCUAGCAUGCGUCGCUAAUUCUGAAUCUAAGCCUGAAAAGAAUAGAUAUCUAAUGUCAAUAUCCAGGGGGAGCCACGGGAAUCUCAGUGUUGUACCGUGCCCAUCAGUUGAGCGACUUGCGAUAUAACUCUCCCCCGCA